UCCUUCCAAGUUUUGUGCAAAACACACACCAAAAUGGAGAAGCAAAUUCUUGAUUACUCCUUGGUUCCUUCUGGCCUCUCCAUACUACUUGCUUACCAUUUCUGGCUUCUCUAUCGGAUCAUAAAUCAUCCAACAACCACUGUUGUAGGCAUCAAUGGCAUCAACAGGCGUGUGUGGGUCCAAAGCAUGAUGGAGGAUACGUCGAAGAACGGCGUUCUUGCCGUGCAGACCUUACGAAACAACAUAAUGGCGUCGACACUUUUGGCAUCUACGGCGAUAACGCUUAGUUCCGUCGUUGCGGUGCUCAUGGCGAACUCGAAAGCUCGACCUACGGUGAUUGUUUUUGGAGCUCAAAGUGAGCUAGGAAUUUGGAUCAAGUUCUUUGCAAUAUUGGUUUGCUUUCUUUUGGCAUUCUUGUUUAAUGUACAGUCUAUAAGAUAUUAUAGCCAUUCAAGUAUACUGAUUAACCUUCCGGUGAAGAAGAUGUUAAGCCCACAAAUGACAACAGAGUAUGUGGGAAGGACAGUGAACCAAGGGAGUUAUUUUUGGUCACUAGGAUUGCGGGCGUUUUACUUCUCUUUCCCACUUUUUUUGUGGCUCUUUGGACCUAUUCCAAUGUUUAUUUGUUGUGUUGUGCUGGUUUUUAUGCUUUAUUUUCUGGACGUUAGUUUUGACUUUGGAGAAGGUGCUGGUGUUGGUGCUGGUGUUGUCAUCGACGACAAGGACGAGGAACAAGGGAGGUAGGCGU